UGGUUGUAUGUGCAACUCAGGAAGAGUCAGCUGAUGGGAACUGUGAGAAAACAGCCGGCCUCCUCUGAGGUUGCACAAGGCUCCGAGUGGCUCCUGCUGCUUGCUGGCUUCUUAGGGAGCUCAGAGGACCCAGGAGUUUGGGUGCAUAGCUCCUCCUCUCUCCAAGUCAGCAGCCUGGUCCGCAACCUUUUCAUCCCCUGGAACGCAGAAACCCAGCACUCGCCCCAUGGAGCCCUGCCGGUCCCUGGCCUUGCUUGCUGCCUCCCUGGGCCUGAUAGCCUCCCUAGUUGCUCUGAGCACCAAUUUUUGGUUUGUGGCCAUGGGACCCACUUUCUCAGCUCACUCAGGCCUCUGGUCAACAGAGCUUCAGGAUCCAGUAGCAGGUUAUAUCCACGUGACACAGACCUUCUGCAUCCUGGCUGCUCUCUGGGGCCUGAUUUCUGUGGGCUUCCUGGUCCUGUCCUGCAUCCCUUCUUUGUCUGUCCCAGGCCGCGGCACUCUGGUCUCAACCACCGCAUCCUUUGCUGCAGUUCUCUCCAUGGUGGUGGCCAUGGCCGUGUACACAGGAGAGAGAUGGGUCCAGCCUCAACAUCCCCAGAUCCAGACCUUCUUCUCCUGGUCCUUCUACCUGGGCUGGGUCUCAGUGGUCUUGUGGCUUUGUGCAGGUGUCCUGAGUCUGAGAGCUCACUGUAAUGCCCGGCAGUCUGACUAUGAAACCUUGUGAGUGGAAGGCAAGGAUACCAGGACGAGCUGGGGUGCUCUUCUCUGAAGGUGCCAUCAGAAGCUGCAGGAAUGAAUGCCUGACUGCCUCAUCCCUCCGUCCCUGCCUUUCCCCUUCAGUCAUUCAAUAAAAGUUUGCU